AACAUAAUCCGAGAAAAGGAUAACAUAAUCCGAGAAAAGAAUAAUAUAUUCCGAGAAAAGGAAAACAUAAUUCGAGAAAAAGAGUACAUAAUCCGAGAAAGGGAUACUAUAAUUCGAGAAAAGGAAAAUAUAGUCCGAGAAAAGGAUAGAUUAAUUCGAGAAAAUGAUAAGAUGGUCUAUGAUAACAUGGUUCAUGAGAAGGAUGUCAUGAUUCAAGAGAAGGAUUUCAUGAUUCAGGAGAAAGAUGUUAUGAUUCACGAAAAGGACGCUAUGAUCCAGGAGAAGGAUAACUUAAUUCAUGAGAAGGACGUCAUGGUCCAGGAGAAAGAUGUCAUGAUUCAAGAGAAGGAUGUCAUGAUCCAUGAAGGAUAAGGAAUUCAGAAGAUUUAGGAAAAGACAACGAAACUCAAGAAAUUUUUUAAGAAGGUUCAAUAAAAUGAAUCAGGAAAAAAAAAUGAGAUUUAUAACGGUGAUACUAAAUUCAAAAAUAAAGUUUCUAUGAUGACAAAAUAAUUAAAUUAAAUUUAAUGAAUAUAUAUAAGUUAUAUUCUUAUUUAGUAGAUUUAUAUUAUCAAAAUAAAGAAAUUAAUAUUUCUUAAGUACAACUUCGCGUUAUUGAGUUAUUGAACAAAUCGGUGAUUCGGCAUGUCAAGAGCAGAAACUGUAUACAAGAGCAAGGAUUUAGCGUUAGAGUUGGGGAUACAACCAAAGUAUAACUUA